UUUGCUUUACAGCACCCGAAUUAGCAGUCAUCCAGUAAGAAAUUCUUUAACUAUCUACCGAUAGUGAGAUAGAGAUAGAUAGAUAGAUAAAGAUAUGUCGUAACUGCCAGCGCUGUGUUUAAAGUAGGUAGAACUUGCCUAAGUAAUUGCAGCUCUUAGUGUAACUACGGAUACAGUCAGUACCAGUGCAGUGCUAGAUACAGAAUAGGCCUAUCUGUUUCUUUGUAGAAAAAGGAUUUCACAUUGUAUCACAAAAUAAAUAUUUUAAAUACCUAUCCUUAGGUAAAUAAAAGGCAUAUAUUUCUGAGUGAUGUUCUGUUAUGGAAACAUAACGUUUGAUCCUGAUAAAAAGUUCUGGAGAUGGGCAUGAUCGUUCACUCUUAAGUGAAAGUUAAACAAUGAUAUACAAAAGUUUCGAGACCAGUCAGCUACUACUAGGAACCAGAGGAGUCUAGGUGGGCUGAAUGGCCUCCUCUUUUCUGUACAUAUUAUUAAUGGGGAAAUGGCCAGCUCAAUAGUCGAUUAAUUAAAGUAAAGGUGUAAUCAGCUAAAUACCCAAGCCAAAAACGCCUGAUAAACGAACAUAUUUAAAAUGUAAAGAUACUACAUGUUCCCUCUGGUUGUUUUAACAUUUACUAAACUGAUGUAUUAAUCUUUUGAUGUGACUGUUUCAGAGCCUAGGGCACACCUGUGAGGGCGAGGCCACUGUAGUAUAUUUUAAAUGCAUGUUAUUGUUUUUUAAUGAUUGUUAUUGUUAUUCUACUGGCGGUAGAGCCGAGGUCUAUGUGUUGUAAAUACUGUUGAGCUAGUGUCGUUAUUCCUUUAUUUAGAUUAGGGCGCUUACAUAAAGUUGCCUUAGCUUGACAUGUGGGACAAGUGUUUUGUUAUAGCCAUAUCAUGUUCGGUAAUCUUCCAAGAGAAUGCUAAUGUUCAGUUAUUACGAGUGACUAGAGACUAAUAAUAAUAAUAAUUAUUAUUAUAAUGACAGUAAUAAUAAUGAUAACCAGUAAACAUAGACUAAUGGAAUAGUUUAUCGAUAGUUGUUUGUAACAAAGACGGUAUUCAUGUAGGUUAAACAAAAACGUGUAAAAGAGAAGAAACAUGUUUAUUGUAAAAUAUGACUUUUUAUUGUAAAAAGUGUGAAUGGAAUGAAUGUUAAAUAAUAAUAUUGUCGUUUAUUUUUGUAUAGAAUCAGUCCACGGCUUAUUUAUAACAUGUCUUUCCUGUGCAGGGGUCAUUGGUGAUUUUGUUUUUGUGAAAGUCAGUCAUUUUUUGUACAACCUGUUAGUCAUUUGUAAUUUGUGUGAAGUAUUCUUCCAGUGCCAAAUAAAUAGGAGGUGGUGUGCCAUCCGAGAUGCAGCCAUUCAAUGGAAACGAAGAGGAGCAAUUCAGGAGGGUGUACCUGGAUUACAAUGCCACCACUCCUGUGGAGCCCGAGGUGAUUGAGGCCAUCACCGAAGCCCUGAGGGAGGCAUGGGGGAACCCCAGCAGCAGCUACCGCCCAGGUCAAAAAGCAAAAGAGAUAAUUAGCCAAUCAAGAGAGAGCAUUGCAAAGAUGGUGGGAGGGUGCUCUGAUGACAUUAUUUUCAUGUCUGGAGGAACGGAGGCAAACAAUUUUGUCUUCCACACGGCAGUCAAGUACUUCUGGGAUACGUACAGGAAGGCAAAGAUUCAUGGAAAAGAGGAGGGGCCUGUAGAGAUGGGUGGGGCCUUGCCUCACAUCAUCACUUCCAAUGUGGAACACGACUCCAUCAGUCUGGUGGCCGAACAACUUGUGAAAGAGGGGAAAGCAGAAGUCACAUUUGUGCCGGUUUCCAAGGUGACGGCGAGAGUGGAAGUUGAGGAUGUGAUGUCAGCCAUCAGGCCCAACACCUGCCUCAUUUCCAUAAUGCUGGCUAACAACGAAACCGGAGUGCUCAUGCCCAUAGCAGAGAUCAGCCAGAGAGUGCAGGCUCUGAGCAAGAAGAGAGGGGCUCCCAGAAUCCUCCUGCACACGGACGCCGCACAGGCCAUCGGAAAGCUGCAGGUGGACACAAAGGAGCUGGGGGUGGACUACCUCACCAUCGUCGGGCACAAGUUUUAUGCCCCUCGAAUCGGAGCCCUGUAUGUGAAGGGGCCUGGUGUCACCACACCCGUGUACCCUCUGUUUUUCGGAGGCGGGCAGGAGAGGAACUUCAGACCCGGGACAGAGAACACCCCUAUGAUCGCUGGCCUUGGAAAGGCAGCAGAACUGGUCCACAGAAACCUGGAGCGCUAUGCGAAUGGCAUGCGUGAGACCUGUGAGUAUCUGGAGCAGCGUCUGGAGGAGGUGUUUGGGAAAGAGAAGCUCCAUUUCAACAGCCACUUCAGUGGCUCCAAGAGGCUCCCCAACACCUGCAAUGUGUCCUUCCUGGGAGAACACCUGCAAGGGCGCAAGGUUCUGUCUCUCUGUCACAGGCUGCUGGCCAGUGUUGGAGCUGCGUGCCACUCGGACCAAGGAGACAGUCCGUCUCCUAUCCUGCUGAACUGUGGCAUCCCCCCUUCCGUGGCUGCCAAUGCCCUGCGUCUGAGCGUGGGGAGAGGGACCACCAAGGGGGACGUGGAUGUCGUUAUUGAGGACCUGAGAGCGGCGGUCCAGCAACUGGAGGGGCUCAGCUAGCAGGGAGGAGCAGCCCACUGUCUCUUUACUAGGAAGAUCCCAGGAGAGAGAAACGGAUAUUCAUGGAGUCUGGGCAAUUCUGAUGAGGGACAUACUGAAAAUUAAAACUCUUCUGAGAAACGAAGAUACUUUUAGUGCUAAUUCCCUAUUGUGGUAUUCAUUUUGAAAAGGACCUCCUGAACUCUUUGUGACACACUAGUGCAUUGGUGGUAAGAAUAUAAGACAUGAUAUAUGUUAAGAAUGAGAAGAGGCUGUUCGUCCUAUCAAGGCUUGUCCUUUGCUCCCACACCAUUGGCCCUGGAGCAGUCUUUAAUCUAAAUGAAUAUGUCCUGUGAAGUAUUUUAUCCCUGUUCCCUCACUGCAGCAGUUCUCCACCCAGCUCAGGACUAUUGACAGUGGGUGUCCUUCAAUCCCACGACCAAGCCAAGUCUAUUUAGACCCAGGAACUCGAGAGCAGAUGUCGGCAAGCUACCGGCCUCUGGAGGGUAAAGACCAGCCUUGCCGGUGUCCACUUGAGCUCACCACACACCUGGCCAGUAGGGUUCACUGUAGUGCAAUGAAGAGAAACAGUCCCUGAUUGUUCUUCCUUCCUACCCACAGGGAAUUUUAGAGUUUGCCUCUGAGUUCACUGCAUUUAAAAAAUAAAUCAUCACCAUUACUUUAUAGAAAGAAAAAAAAAGCUUAAAUAGUGUUCUGCUUACUUUAUUUAGCUUUUUAUUUUUCAGAUACCAGAAUAAAUACAUUUUUGCUUUUUACUUUUUCUUCUGCGACAGUUUCUAGCUUAAACUAGUUCCAUGUCAUACAUUACAGAAAUCAAAAGCUGAAGCAUAUCGUGAAUUGUUCUUCUGCAACGGAGCGAUCUGAUUGGUUGUGAGGGUGUAUAAUAUAAUCAUCUUGUGUAGUUUGGGCAAGAGGACCUCAUAGCGAAAUGGUUCUUACUGCUCAAAAUGAUGUCUCUGUCACCGGCCUAGACUAAAACUUAUCUAGGACUACUUUCUUAUUAUUAAGCUUCCAUGUGUUCCUUUUAAUGUAAAAUCGACUUCAUUAAACUGUAUCAAUACCAUUCAGGAUUUCAGUGAAAUAAGUUCCCAGUUUGCUUGCCUUCCUCUCAUGAAGUCUGUAACGUUUCACUUCCUAGGGCUUAAAAGGAGUUGACAGAAGUUAACUCUAGCCGAGUGCAUGUGAUGGGUUACCAAGCCUCGCUGUCGAUGCUGUAGUGGAAACCAGUUACUUUUUAAAUCAGCUUCUAGGAAACCAGACUAGCAUUAAUGAACCGAAUGGCCUCUUCUCGUUCGUAAAUUCUUAUAUACUUGUGUCCUUUUCAUUUUGAGUUUGAAGGUUUUUGCUAUUUAUAACCAAAACAUGAAAUACAAGGAGAACAUUGUAUUUAGUGUCAUUUGCAGUGUUUUAAUUUAGAUUGUAAUUAUUUGAAUAUAACUUUUUUUUUGUUUUAUUUAUUUGUAACCCCAUUUUAUUAGGUUUAUGUUCAUUCAGGGAUGUGUUGUGUGUGAGGUUUUACUAGUGGUGGGCUGAAUUUUGCAUCAUUUGGAGAUGUGUUUUGAUGUUUUAAAACUACUACUCAUUUAUAAUGGAGGCUGUGUGGUCCAGUGGUUAAAGAAAAAAAAGCUUGUAACCAGGAGGUCCCCAGUUCAAAUCCCGGCUCACUCACUGUGUGACCCUGAGCAAGUCACUUAACCUCCUUGUGUUGUGCUCCAACUUUUCAAGUUGUUGUAAGUGACUCUUCAGCUGAUGUAUAGUUCACACACCCUAGUCUCUGUAAGUAGCUUUGAAUAAAGGUGUCUGCUAAAUAAGUAAAUAAUAAUAACACUGUGUAACAAAUUUUUUUUUUUUUUGGUUCCUGGGUAAUAAGUGUUAUUUCCUAAUUGCUUAUGCCUCAAAAGUAUAGAAAAUGGC